AAGAUGGAGCUGGGCAGGCCUGGGCAGGCCUCUGGGGAGAGGAUACCUGGCUGUAGGGAGUCAGCCCGGGAGCCCAGCUGCUGGCGGACUGAAGGCAUCCCUGGGGACCUUUGCUGAGCUCACUCUUAGCUGACUGAUCUCAGACUCAAGCUUCAGCAAGAUUCACAUCUACCCUUUUUCUUGUGGUCUCCAGAAAAGUCUUGCAACUUGGAUUGGUUCGUUGUAGCUGUCACCCGAGGUAUUUUGCACAGACUUAGAUGCAUAAGCCAGGUCACCAAGCUAUAAAAGUGAUCCGUUUCAACACUUCAGCUUAGUCCUUAACAUUUACCAUACACCCACACCAAACCAGAGGCUGUCACCAUGACAAGAGACCAGAAUGGAACCUGGGAGAUGGAGAGUAAUGACAACUUUGAAGGCUACAUGAAGGCCCUGGGUAUCGAUUUUGCCACCCGCAAGAUCGCAAUACAUCUGAAUCAGACAAAGAUCAUUAAUCAAGACGGAGAUAACUUCAAGACAAAAACCCAAAGCACAUUCCGCAACUAUGACUUGGAUUUCACUGUUGGGGUAGAGUUUGAUGAACACACAAAGGGUCUGGAUGGCCGGAGAGUUAAGACACUGGUCAUCUGGGAAGGUGAUGUCCUCAUGUGUGUGCAGAAGGGAGAGAAGGAGAACCGUGGCUGGAGGCAGUGGGUUGAGGACAAUAAGCUGUAUUUGGAGCUGACCUGUGGUGACCAGGUGUGCCGUCAAGUGUUCAAAAAGAAGUGAUGUCAGCAUGGGAGGCCAGCAGAGUGUGCAGAGUUCUCUGCCAGCCUCCAGAAUCGGCAUGGGAACCCUCCCACUCCUGACAGAGCCCUGUUAAAGUGCCCAGAUAGGUUUUAAACUGAAUGAGUGUGUAAUAUAACAGGUACAGUCUUCCCUCUUUGAAACGUGGCAUUAAAGGGAAAAACAAAAUCA